CUAUUGACGUGAGUGUGACUGUGGUUGUCAGCGAGACCUAUCACUCCUUCUGUCCCCCUCUCCCCACCCCUUACCGCAGAUCAGGUCAUUUCAACCGCUGGUCUUUUGCAUGCCGCCGCUGACUGUGCAGCCACCACCCCGGAUUCAGGGAAUGGCCUCCUGAGCUGCUGUCCCACCGAGCGUCUGAGCACUGUCGUGUUGGGCGGACCAGCACCAACCAGUCAAGGUGAUCACUCAUUGACAUCCGGGUUUCAAAAUGUCUGAGUUUUUGACUGCCCUCGUCUAUGCCUCAGAAAAGUCUGCAAACAUUGCUCGUGCCUGCAAGCAAGAGGAGGCACUCUUCCAGCUGUUGGUACAGGAAAAGAAAGGGAACGAAAAAAAUAAGAAAUUUGUUAGUGAUUUCAAAACACUAGCAGAUGUAUUGGUUCAAGAAGUAAUCAAACAUGACAUUGGAAAAAAAUUUCCAGGGCUAGAAGAUUAUAUCUUUGGUGAAGAAUCAAAUCAAUUCACUAACAGUCUUGGAGAGAAGAUCAAAGUCAAAGUCUGUGCAACAGAGAGAGAAACCACAGAGCUGCUGAGCAAAGUGCUGGAUGGUAAUAUGACAGCAGCCAAACAAUUGGCCAGGAUCGUUCAUCAUGAUGUCUCCAUUAAGGACCUUGCAUUGGAGAAGGUGAAAGUAGAUAUUCCCCAGGAUACCUUGGCAGUUUGGGUAGAUCCAAUAGAUUCAACAUUUCAGUACAUCCAAGGAUAUGCUGAUGAAAAGCCUAAAGAUGGAAUUUACGCCAAAGGACUCCAGUGUGUAACCAUUCUGAUCGGAGUGUAUAACAGAAGUUCUGGGCUCCCCAUAAUGGGUGUCAUCAACCAGCCAUUUGUAACCCGAGACCCAGAUAGUCUCAGAUGGAGAGGACAGUAUUUCUGGGGGCUUUCUUAUAAAGAUAUCAACAUAUGUUCACUGCAAAAUCAGGAUGUAAAUGCUACUUCUGGACCAACUGAUGAGGUGUGCAAAGAUCCAAGGCAGGAUGAAGACCUGCAACCUGGAGACGAUAAUUUGUCAGCUGUCAUUAGUACAAGUGAAAAUGAAAGUAUCAAAGUGGCAUUGUCCGUGCUGCGGUUAUAUUAUGCAGCUGGUGCUGGCUAUAAGAGCCUCUGUGCUGUGCAAGGCUUUGUCAGUGUCUAUCUUUUAUCUGAGGACACCACUUUCAAAUGGGACUGCUGUGCACCUCAUGCUAUAUUGAGGUCUUUGGGAGGAGGUAUGGUAGACUUUAGAGAAUGCCUGAAAAGAAGGAAAGAUGGUAAUUUAGAUGAACUUCCUGAGCUGAUCUAUAAUAUACCAGUGAACGGGGCCACUGGGGUUGACAGAUGGGCCAAUAAAGGGGGCUUGGUAGCUUACAGGUGUCCCAAGCAUUUGAAUACCAUUAUGAGCAUCAUUUCUAAAGUAAACCUCUGAUAACAGUUACAUUUUUAAAUUGCCUUUCCAUUUAAAAGGUUAGUUAAUGUGUUAAAAUGCAUUACAAAUACAGUACAGUACAUGCAUCAUGUUUGGACCUCAUGCUUCAGUCAGCAAUAGAAUAAAACCAAAGGUAAUCCUGCAUUAUAGAGUCUGGUUCACAGUAUGAAAUUUAAAGAGACAUUAUAAAGUGUUAAGCAAAAAUCAAGAACACUGGCAUGGAGACUAAACUUUAAGAUCAUAAGAUGACAUAUUUAACUACUGUGCAGCCAUGAACACUAUAAAUGUAUUAUAUAUAUAUUCCAGUGAAACUCAGACACUGAGUGGAAUUCUAACCAUGGCGCACUUCCCAAUGGCGGAAUGGGUGCCACUUCCAAUCUCUCACUUUUUGCUGGUCUCUGUGCAAUUACAAUUAAAGUGUAGGCGGUGUGCACAGGAGAGAUGUAAUCAUACAGUGAGGGAAGCUUUUCAAUGGUGAAACCCGCUGUCAGUUGACAAUGCUGCAGCUACGGGUGAGUUAUAAAAGAGCCUCCUGGUCAAACAAGGAGACUCUGCAUCAUGGCCAAGACUUUACUGCCCAACUCCAUUGCCAUUAAUAUAAGGCUAAUUGAGAUAACAAAGAUGUUUUUCAAAUUUAAAUUUCACUUGUAAAUAUUUCACGUUACAUUGGUUUCAUUUUAUUCAUGUUGACAUAAUUGUUAUUUGUUGAGAUUAGCUUAGUCAGAGAAUUAAAUACACUGGCAUACCUCAUUGUUGGAAUACAUUGAUGGUUACAGGGGAGUUAGGGACAUUUCUUUAUAGUGGAAGAAACAAUGAUGUGUUUUUGCAUUCACUCUUCAUUGAAUGUUCAUGUUAGUGUGCAGUGUUGUACUCGCCACUCUGUGGGACAUGGUUGAACUUGCAGGCUCAGAUGACCCCCCCUUUCUAUGAAUUGUAAAGGACAUUGCCUGAGAUCACUCUCAGCGGAGACAAUUGAAAUAUUGUAGGUGAACUCAAAGCCCUGUUAGGAUUCUGCCAGUCAACGUCCUUUCACAUGUGACAAUACUGACAUCGGCCUUUAGGCCCCUCAUUUUCUUACCUUGACUGACCUUUCUCAUACCUCCUAGGCACCAGGUCCUUCCCUCUUCUACUCUUCCAUGCCGCACCCUAUGUCCUCCCUUUGACCUCUCUUCCACUGCACCAUGCCCUUGACACCACUCCACACCACUCCCCUCCUCAUUACUGGCUCACCCUUGCCAGUACUGAGUUCCCAUGCAAGCUGCCACUUUCCUGCUCCCCUCCCUUAUGUUGCAGAGAUCAACAAGAAAAACUGCUGACCUCCGACACAACUGCACAAAGCCGACAGCUGCACACCACCUUUAAAUUAAUGUGAAUUGGGUCCCAUGAGCCACUGACUUUAUUUUGAAGGUAGGAUGUAAUUGUUAAAAGUUUUACCCUAUUGAGUAUUCAUAGCAUGUAAAUAUAUUGCAAUUGAGAAAGCGCCACGAGAUGGCAUGAGGCUCAACACACCACAAAGAAGCCAUUGACUUGACCUCUGCGUCUCAGCCAGCCAUCAGGAAAUCAAAAAUUCGGCUCCCACCUAAUUCAAUCACCCCGCAUGGCACAUUUCCCGCUCUUGCAGGCUCUAUAAAAUCACCCCACACUGGAUGUAAAUCAAAAACAGUCUAGAGGGCUAGACCACUUCAUUAUUUAUGGUAAAAAAAAAUACUGUCAAUAUUUUAUUUUCAAAUUCACACUCAGGUCAGUAAGCUCACAGGCUAUAUAUAAACUAUACCUGACGAUUCAGAUUAAUUCCGAAUUAAAAAGUGCCAAUUAAAUAGAUCAAAUUAAAGUAUGCCAACGUCCAUUCAACUUAAAAGCUGUCUGAAUCAGACCUUUCCUCACUUCCAGCCUGGAACACCUUGACAUAUGGACUGAACUACUCCCCUUUAAUACAUAUCUUGUCCUAUGAAUAUAUUGUGCUUCAGAAUAUUUUCAUCAAUUUAUGCAUUUUAAUUUCACUUUAGUGUAAGCAUAAAAUAAUAAUGCUUGGAUUUUAUAUAGAAUCUUACCAUGUUAAAAUAAUUGAAAGCAGUUCACAUGAGGAAUUGCCUUUUGAAAUGAAAUCACUGCUUUGUAGGCAAACAAUCUCCACCUUGGGGGCAAGACUCAUGCUGUGCAAAUUGAAACAUGUUUCCUACAGGUGGAGAACAAUUGGGAUCAGAGGCCUGGCUGAUUUUUGGUUCACUCCUCCUUAGACAUGAGACACUUCCCAAUUGCAGCAUCCCCAUACCUACCCUGACUGAGACCAACUCACUCAGCACAGGCCAGGGAUUGAACUUGGGAUCUGCCUGGUCUGUGUAGCUCAGUGCUGCACCAUUCAGUGCACUUUCCCACUGAACUAAAAGAGAAUUAUUUUAACUAUUACCCUUUUAAGAUAUUACUUGCACUUGUAGCUAAAGGAAUUGUAUAAAUACCUUGUUGAGAUUAUGCAGUAUAACUGGGACAACCUGCAGAUUCAGACUUUGAUCCCACGUUAGGCUUCUAAGAUAAAAUGCAGUAGCUGCUGUGUUUGUUUCUUCACAUUUUUUCUUUGGAGAAUAGUGUGAAGCAUUGGAAGGAUUUGCAGGCUGAUUAAGAGAUAGGCCAAAGCGAAACCAUGUUUAUAUCAGCCAUAGGGUAGUCCUAUAUGGCGAGAAGCUUUUAUAGACUCCUAUAAUUUAUACAAUGAAUAGGGGCCACCGUCACACACCAGGCACAAAUAUUCCCUCCGGUUUUCAAACCAGAGUUCAGAGCCAGAGUUCCAAUCUGCACUCAUCAAGACUGUCUGGAACCUUCUAUUUGGAACUCAGGAAUACUAGCACUAAGCCAAAGGCUUGCUGACAUAAGAUGCAGUGUAAACAGCAAAUAAGGAAGAAUAAGUUCAAUUAAAGCAAAUCAUAAGUAUUAAUUGGUGCUAAUAAUGAAGUGCAAUAGAUUUAAGGGACCAAAUUUUUCCUCUACAUUGUCAAUCAACUAACUAGACUGUCCACUAACUCUCCAAAAUGAUUUUAAUAUGCACAAAACAAUAGAAAAGGAUCUGUUACCUCUUUUAUGUUCUUCGAUUCUUAUGCAUUUAUGUUUUACAGUGAGCUCAUACGGUGUAUAGUUAAACUGCAACCUUUACUGAGAGCGAAUGCUGUUUUACUGAACGUUGUGGGCCAAGUGGGUAAAGAAAAGCUUGUUAAUUGUUUGUGGCAGCUUAAAUGAGCUUUUUGCUAAAAAUAUACAUACGUGUAUAAUGAUAUAAUUAAAUAGUGAU